UCUUUUCUUUCAUCGCAUUUCAUCUCGGACGUGAAGUCGAUGUGACUCGUUGAAAACCGAAAAUACCUCGAUGUUCGAGCCUUCCAGUUAGAGAACGAAAAAACGAACAGCGAAAAGAAAGUGCGGAGAAACGCCAAUGGAAGAAACCAGGCGGACGACCGAAGCGAGAAAGAAGAAAAUCGUGAAAAAAAAGAUGAGAAAAGUUAGACUGUUCGAAAGCAUCAUCACCCAAAGUUGAUCGAAGGCGGGGCGAUGUGCGCAUGCGCGGAGUACGUAGCACGCUGAUGCGGUUUGUCAAUGGCCACCGUUCCUGUCAAAAGCGUUUUGCGCGACUAGCUUACGUGUUUCUCAUUGUGUUCUCAUACUCGCAAUCAUUAGAUUAAUUACAAAACAUCACAAAACUCUGCGAACUCACGACCACGUGCGGUCGAAUAAACGAAGCGGCCGAAUUCGCAGGCAAAUUUCGUUUAAGCGGCCGACUGGUAUAUUUCUACGCGCUUACCGUGCUUGUCCGGAAAACAAAUCGACCCCUUCGAGCGAAAGCGAAGAAAACCAUCGUUGUGAGACGUUCGCAGUAAAUUCCAUCGAGGCGUCGUUCUUGAAAGUACAACAUCUGCUAAUUUCGAACUUGAGUGAGAAACGUAAGGAGAAUCGAUUUGUGAUUUAUUGAGUCCUCUACUAUUUGAUAUGGUGAAGAUACAAUAUACGACGCUUGACGCCGACGUCAUGCCAUCAAACAAGUCCAACAUGUGUCCAGAUUAUUUAUCAAAAUCCAUCAAAAUAUUGAAGUGGAUGUCGUCAGUUCCAGUCAAAAAACAUUUCACAAUGGAUCCAGGCGAAUGUCUUUUACCUGCAAAGGUUAUGCAAAAUUCUAAGAGAGAAUUUGGCAUUGGAAAUUGUGUGGAAAGUGGUGUGAACAAUGUGAAAAAAGACUUGAUUAAUAAUAAUAUGAAAGAAUUCCUUUCUAAAUCAUUAUCUGUAAUAAAUAUAAACAUGCCAGAUGAAGAGUCAGAAGAGGCAAACUUGUUGCCCUCCAAGAAAGAGAACAUAAGAUCAGAAAUCACUCUUUUUCCUAUUAAACCAAAAUCAUGUGGUUGUUCUGAACCAUGUGAGAUUAUUACUUGUGAAAUAACAAUACCAUUGUAUGUGGACGAGGAUGAGGUGCCAUUUAUAUUAGCGAUGAACAUUAAAGAGGAAGAGAUAGAUACAUUGGUUACAAAGCACUGCGAUGAUGAAUAUUGUGAUGCACUGAGCAUCGACCAUGAUCGUUGCCGCAGAGGAUUAAUCAAGUUGUAUAGAUGCGAUAAGUUCAAUACGUGUGAUAUUUGUAGGACACCCCUAAAUUGGCAGUCGCGUCUGCACCAUCAAGAAUGUGAGAUGAAAGAUAAAUAUAGGCACAACAAUGUGAGCAAAGAAUGUCUGUUGAAGGAUAGACUUUGUUUGCAAGAAAUGCAGAUAUUGAAAGACUCAAAAGUAAGGAGAAAAGUUUAUCUGGACCCUAUCAAAGGGCCUGCUCUGGCAUUGGAAGCCAUACAGAAUAACAAGGAGCUAGUAGUCAAAGUACUUCCAACGACGACACCAGAUCAGAAAUCAAUUGUUCCAACAACCACAGUAUCCGACAACCAUCAGUUAACUUGUAUCACUUCGUCCGAUAUUAAUCAGUCUGUCGCAGCCAAUUCUCAAAUGAGCAGUCCAAAGAAUAUCGUCAGUAGCUUGAUCGCGAUACCUCUUAACAAGCCCGCGCUCUCUUCGAACGGUACGUCGUUGCGUCUGAAGGAAAACAUAGCGCAGCAGACUAAUUCGAUAUUGUUGUCAAACGCGCAACCGAAUACGUACAUCGUGACGUCCUCCGGUAAGGCUUGUACAGCAGGUGUACUUCCACAGAAUCAAUACAUUUGCCUCGCGAACUCGACUGCCACAAUUCUGCCUACAACAACCAACAACUUGAUUGUACCACAGUCUCACAUUGUGACGAGCUCAUCGACCCAACCUAAACCGCAGUUACUAACGCCGAUACGUGUAGUGCCAAUAACCAAGCUGAGGACAGCACCUUCUCUGCUACAUCGUCAACAGGGCCUCCCCAAAUUUUGCGUCAUGACGAGCAACGCAAUCACUACGCUGACCGUGCCGAGUGUACAGACCUUCCAACCUGUCGUAGCUGCCGACGUCACCACGCAAGAACAGAUUCGUAAACAGGCUCUAAAGAUUCGUCCGAAGAUUCUGACAGAUAUGUCCAAGGUAUCGACUUCUACACAGGAGCGAUAUAGUUUUCAACGAUACUUGAAGAGACCCGGAAAACGGUUUUUCUGUAUCUACUGCUGUAAAUACUUCAGCACCGACUGGUACUUCAAGAAGCACAUCGAGAAACAUGUGAAGCAGAAAGACACUCCCAGAAUUUCCUCCAGAUCUGUUGGCGUUAAGAACAAUAUGAAGAAGCAGCCGAAUAAGAAAUGCGACGUUCAGAAGGAACUCUGCCACGGCGACUCGGCCUGCGACUCGCCUACUUCGCUCAAUAGUUCCGUGGACAGGACAAAUAGUGAAUUGAAGGCGCCCCAACCGCCUAUAAAACUCGAAUAUGUCGAUGUCGAUUGCUGCGAUGAGGACUCUGUAGGCGAAACGAAUGAUCAUAUGGCGAGUGUUAACGAGUCCAAUGAAGUGGGAGGAAAGAGAAUAAAAUGCGAAGAGACGUUCGACACUUGGAACGAAAAUCUAGAAAUAUCUAAAAACGAUAUUAAUAUAGAAGUGCAAGACGAUGUCGAUCCUCUCAAAGAUAUAUCCGUGCAGGAGUACGAUGUCGAAGAGUCGUUGAUAUUCAACAGAAACUGUAAUGCGAAGGAAAACGAGUUUACAAUUGUCUCUGUAGAAGAAAUCACCAAGAGCGAAAAUCUUAUGAAGAAAAAAGUUAACGCUCCGAGAUGAAAGCAUACAGUGUGUCGUGUUGUUAAUACUUCCGAAUAUUGUAUAUCAAACGGAAUUUGUAAAUAUGGUGAUAUAUCACACACAAAUACAAACCAAAAAAUUUUAGUUACAAUUA